UUCGGAAGAAAAGGAUCGUGAAAGCCUUCCGGAACCUUGUCUCUGGGGAGGACGAUGAACUUAAGACGGCAUAUUCUCACUUCCACAAAUUGGUGGACCAAGAAGGGCGAAUGCUAGCCAAUGUGACGCUCGUCAGCGUUCAGCAGUUGAAAGAAGAUAUUGGUCAACAGCACAAAGCAGUAAUGAAUCACCUGGAAGGUCGCGAAGCUCUUACUAGUCGAGAAGCUGUUCUGACCAGUCUCUGGUCCCGGGACUUUGACAGGAAACAAAAACAUGUCUUCUCUCAACGCAAAGAAGGCACAGGUCAAUGGUUGCUUGAGUGCGCCGAAUUCAAGAGUUGGCUCAGAGGCGUGUCCUGUCAAACUCUUUGGUGCUAUGGUAUCCCGGGCGGCGGAAAGACUGUCUUAACUUCGAUUGCUGUCAACCAUGUCAGCGAAGCUACAGAAGGACUGAAUGUCGCCAUUGCGUACAUCUACUGUGACUAUAAAGACGAAACGACGCACUCUGAAUUCGAGCUUCUAGCGAGUAUAGCUCGACAAGUGGCGAGUCACUACGCGCAAAUCCCAGCAGCCGUGAUACAAUUCAGGGAUAGAAAUGCGGAGAAGAAACGAAAUCCAACUUCGGAUGAAUGGUUGGCUCUGAUUGAGGAGCUGAGCCGUCCGUUCACAAAGACUUACAUCUUUAUAGAUGCCCUGGACGAGUGCCCUGAGCAAAAUAGGGAUGCAUUGCUCCGUUACUUAAAAGACUUGGAAGAUUCAGCUCUUUUGUUCCUAACGUCACGGCCCAUCGACUUUCCUGUCGAGUUUUCCCAAAUCCACCGUGUCGAGAUAAUUGCUUCGACCAGCGAUAUCGAAAGUUAUCUCGCGACUGAAAUACAGUCUAGAUCCAGACUAUCCAGACUCAUUACACGAGAUCCAAGUUUGGAAGCCGAUAUUAUCAAAUGUAUCAUUGCGAAUGCCGCCGGCAUGUUUUUGCUUGCGUAUCUUCAAGUCGACGCUCUAUCCAAGUUCAACAACGUCAGACAGCUACGAAAAGCUAUGAGUUCCUUGCCAUCUGACUUGGCGGGGUAUUAUGGCGAUGCCAUCAACAGAAUCGAAAGCCAAGGUGAACCGGAUGCAUAUAAUGUGAAAAGAGCAAUCUCCUUUAUCUUUUGCGCGAGACGACCUCUUACAGUCGAUGAACUUUGCCACGCCUUGGCUGUCGAGGAAGAAGACACCGAGUUGGAUGAUGAUGCCCUUCCUGCACACGAAAUCCUGGUUGGUGCUUCCGCAGGCCUCCUUCGAGUCGACAGGAAGAGCCAGGUAAUUGGGUUGGCGCACCAUACUCUUCAAGAGUACCUCGAACUGCACCCAGCCGCCCUGCCUCCACACCCUGAAAGCGAUUUUGCAAAAGCGUGUCUAACGUAUCUUUCGUUUGACGUGUUCGCGACCGGUCCAACUCGCGACGGUGAAGCACUGGUGCGGCGGCUGCGAAAGUACCAAUUUCUAGACUACGCUUCACACUAUUGGGGGUAUCAUCUGAGAAGCCAGUCGCCCGAACUCACAGUUUGGGCCUUCACACGCCGCAGCAUACUGGGGCUUACAAAAAGUCCUUGCCAUUGUCCAGCAAACGGGAGUUGAUAUUGAUGUUCCCGAUAGCUGCGGGAAUACAGCACUACACAUAGCAGCUGGCCGGGGUCAUCACGACUGCGUGCAUACUAUAUUAGAAUGCGGUGCAGAUGUUAACGCGCAGAACCAAUCCGGCGAGACAGCCCUACACUGCGCAUCAAAGAAUAACCACAGGCCUAUUGUUGAGCUUCUACUCGAUCAAGGGGCACGCCUCCUUGUGGAUAGCGAAGCCUGGACCGCAUUAAAU